UCCGGGUCCCGGGAGUUUCUGGCAUGUGGGCCCCGGGCCGCGGGCUGUGGGGCCUGGGUCCCCGGCUCGCGGCGCUGCUUGGCUCCCCCGGCGCGGCCCGAGGCGUGUGUGUGACAGCUGUCUGCUGCGGGAGCAAAAACUUGCUCAAGAAAUUCGCCUCGAAAGCCAAGAAGAAAUUCUGGUAUGACGGACCCUCAUUGGGGCCACACUUGACCCACAAACCCCCCAGGCUGGAGGCCCUGAUGGGCAGAACCCCUCGGAAGGCCCGAAAGGAAGACCAUGUGCGCCUGCGGGCCUUGAACGGCCUUCUCCACAAAGCGCUGGCUGAUUUGCUGUGCACACCGGAAGUGAGCCAGGAGCUCUGUGACCUAAACGUGGAGCUCUCCAAGGUUUCUGUCUCUGCAGACCUCUCUGCCUGCCGCGUGUACUGGAAGGCAAGUCUCUGCACCGCCCAGAACCGGCGCACGGCAGCCAUCCUGCAGAGGAGUGCUGCGCACGUGAGGCAUCUUCUACUGGCCCAUCAGACCCUGCAGAAUGUCCCUCCAAUCGUGUUCAUUCAAGACAAAAAGAGUGCGGUCCUGGCCCAGGUUGAUGAGCUGCUAGCAGUGGCCGACUUUGGAUCUGCAGGUAGACGAGAUGACGCCAUGCACGAGGAUCUCAGGGACUCUGACUCCCCAUCCCACCGCGAUACCCCUGCUCCCACCGUGCCUUGGAAUCUCUGUGGCAUCGAUCAUGAGGCACUCAACAAGCAAAUCACCGAGUACAAACAGAGGAAGAGAAAGGACAGGGUAUGGCUCACUCAGGACAAGAGCCAGCAGCUAAGCUGACAAAGCAGGCAAGAAAGAAGAGGCCCAAGCCCUGUGCCAACCGCUGUCCCCAAGAGUUACCUGUUGGCUCAGCAGGUAACAACCUGGACUCAGUACCAGACCUGGCAGUGAAGGGAGGAGGCAGCAGCCUAAGUGGGACAGGCUGAAGCCCUGGCUCUGCCCCUUUGACCUGCCAGAGCUGGGCUGGCCGUGGCAAAGCUUCUGCUUGUUCAUGUGACUGAAUGUGACUCCCUGCUUUUCCUCAGUGUGUAAUAAAAUAAGCAAAUGCCUGUAAUGUCACAGAUCCUGCCCAACGUGGAACAGUAUCUUAGGACCAGCGCUGUGGCGUCAGUAUCCUGUGAGGGUGCUGGUUCUUGUCUCAUCCAGCUCCCUGAUAAUGCUCUGAGAAAGCAGCAGAAGAUGGCCCAAGUUGUACCCAUGUGGGAGACCCAGGAGAAGCUGCAGGCUUCUGGCUUCAGAAAAGCCUAGCUCUGACUGUUGAGACCAUUUGGGUGAGUGAACCAGCAGGUGGAAGAUCUCUCUGUAGCUCUAACUCUCAAGUAUAUAAUAUUUAUUAAAAAAUGGCAUUGCAAUCUAGCACUGACAGUUCCCAGGGGCUUCUUGGUGACCCUGGGACCAGGGCUGCUGUGUCUGCUGGGGAGUAACAGGCCUGCCUGUUGGGCCCCUGGCUAGGGUUUAUUUUGUAAAAUCUCCCAAAUGUGCAACAGACCUGGUCUU